AUGCCUCUGCUUCGCCGGAAGUUGUUCGAAAAGGUCACCGAGCCGGAACGGCUCCGGGAUGGGGACGAGGUUUUUUACUGCGAGACGACCAACGAAAUUUUCAGCAACUAUGAGGACUAUUUCCACCGUGUUAUGCUCAUCUCGUCGAUUGUGUGGAGCUGUUCAAUAACGGGAAAGCCCAACCUAACGUACGCGGAGGCGCUCGAAUCGGAGAAGCAAGCCCGGCGCCUCCUGCGAACAUUCCCGGUGGCCGUCAAGGGGCCGUUCCUGAUGGUGGCUUCCAAGACGAAGCGCAGCUCGUUCAACGAAAUGUUGGAAGACGUGUUUGGCUUUAUCAAAGAUCACUUCUUUGAGCAGGAAAUUGUGGACGCGAUGGAGCCAAGUGGCCGGAAGUACCGCGAGGCCACCAUUGUGGAAGUAAUCGCGCCAAACACCAAGUCCAGCCCCGUGAAGGCGGAAAAAAUCCGUUACCGAGUGCAGUCCGACGACGGCAACAAGCCCAAGGAGUGGACAGUUCUUGCGGAAAACCUUAAGCGCGAUCGUAGCGCCACGACACGAGACAAAUGCAAGCUUUUCCUGAAGCAGCACGUCGAGCAGGUAGCGGGCGUACUGAAGAUCAAGGAAGCGUCGUUCAAAAAGUUCGUCACUGAUGAGAAACUCAAAGAGCAGCAGGUAUUCUUCGGUAAACCGCCCGACUUUGAACAGUCCAAGCGGCUCAAGCAGGCUGAGGAGAAGAAAAAUCGCCUGGAGCAGGAGAAGAAGAAUCCCUCGCCGCCAAAGCCAGGAAGUGGCAAGAAGCGCGGACCGAAACCGGGACAGAAGAAGGACGACAAACAGCAGAGCAUCUCAAAAUAUCUCAACAAGUCCACCGAAGAUGGCGCAAAACCGGACAAAAAGGCAGCAAACAACAAAGACUCCAAGGACUUGAAGGAGGAGAUGGAGCGGUUACGCAAGGAAAAGGAAGAGAAGGAAGCGCAGGAGAAGAAGCGGUUGGAGGAACAGAAGGCUGUUAUAAACGAGCAGGUGCUGGUUGCCCUGAAGAAGUACAAUCGUGUUGGUGAAGAUCAAGAGCUGAUUGACCAUAAAGUUAUUCCCAAGGCAAAGCCAGUUAAGACCCUGAUUGGAACGCGCCAUUUUAGCGAUUUUAUGUACGUCCUGGAGUUUGUGACAUCCUUCUCCGAGCUGCUCUCAAUCAAGGACAAAUUUGCCAACGGCCUCACGAUGGACCUGCUGGAGCGAGCGCUACUGUUGAAAGAGGUCAACGGCCCGCUGAGUGACAUCUUCCAAGUCCUUCUCAGCACCAUCUUUUCGCACCAAAUUGAGGAAGAAAACGAAGUGGCCGUUCGGUACGACCCGUCCGGCGACGUCGGAACACGCAAAGCUUACACUUCAGUACUUAAGCAGGCCACCAAAGCGGCCGUCUGGUGCGAGACACACUACUGCACCAAGCUAAGCGAACUGCCGAUGGAUUCCACCACCGUUUCCGAGCUGCUUCGACUGCACUUCCUUUCGUCCGGAGCGCUAAUCGAAGAAAAGGGUUCCAAAUGGCGGUACGCAAUGCGUGGCGGAUACCACAGUUGUGACGACCCGGGAAUGCAGCUGGUGCUCGACUAUCCGCACAUCUUUCGUGCGCUCAAAUCACACACCGUUUUCGCGAUGCCAGUUGGCGACAUUUUAAAGAUCUUAAAGUGUCUCAUCGACCAACUGUUGACGUACAGCAGCGUCCGCGAACUCGUUGAAGAACGGCUGGAGAAGGCUCGCGUAGCGCGGCAGCAGUACAACACGGUGAACGUGGCCAAGCGCAAGCGAGAGGCACGCGUCGUCUCGGAAAAGUGGGACAUGAAGAACGACAUCAAGAAGAAGGUCACGGCUCACGAAGGUACGGUCGAGCAAAAGCUUGCGCUGCGAAAAGAGUUGGAGGAGAAAAUGGCCCAGGACGUGGUUAAAAUGGACGCCGAAGCCGAGAGGGACGUCAAGGUUCUCCAGAAAGACAUUGACAAGUUCAAGGAGAGCUUCUUUGACUAUCAAAUCUACCUGGGGACAGACCGCGCGCAUCGCAGCUAUUGGCUGUUCGAGUCGCUGCCGGGAUUGUUUGUCGAGCACGAUCGUACCUUUUCCGGGAAGUGUGCCGACGAGCCAAUGCUCAAUAUUCCGGAACUGGCCGUUUGUCCAGAGGAUCGACGUAAAAAGUUUAUCUCGCAGGUCAUCAGCAACAGCGACAAGUUGACUGGUGAAAAGGAGCUCAAGGUUAUCCACGAUGACAUCGCGAUCAGUAAACUGAUGUUGAAUGGUUGUGCCAAGCUCAAGGCGAACAAACCCGCCAUCAACGGCACGGCCGCCGACGGGGAUCCUUUGGCGAUGACGGAUUUGGUAACGCCGACGAACGAAGAGUUGAUGAUGUGCACGGCGAACCCAAAGGCUUGUCCGAUCCACACGGACAACUUCCCGGGAACAGUUCGUUGGGGCUAUUACAACACUGAAGAGGAGAUUAACGCGCUUAUCGAAAGUUUGAACCCUCGUGGAACGCGUGAGAAGGCGCUCCGCGAAAAUCUGGAAAGCGAAAAGGAGCUUAUCCUGACGCACAUUUCGGGCUGUCCCGUUGAAAAACUUUCGGCCGAAGCAAACGAACAAGAAACGAUUCUCGCAGCGAUCGUCAACAAGUCUAGCAGAAAGUACGACGCGCCCAACUUUAACCACGAGCCCGGAACUGAUCCAAAUCUGAUCCUGGAGACGUCCCUGCGGGAGAACGUGCUCGAGUUGGAGUCAAAAAUCACGGUCGGCUAUUUGGGCGCGAUGAAGGUUUCCGACCGGGACGAGUGGCGUAACGCGCUGGAACAGUUUGAGUACAAACAGCUGUCGGAACCACUCCGAUGGGGACCAAAUCGGGUGAUGGCGCUGAAAGACCCGAAGGAUGAACAGCAAGACCAGGAUCAGGACGACGAGGGAAUGGAGGACGACGCGUCAGACAUCGAUUGUGAUAAGCUGUUGUCGCAUGAAAAAGACCCGGGUUACAAUCUACCAGACACGAUGAUCAUCGAGUCGGAAGAUUCCAGCGACGAGGCGAUCCUGUUGCACGAUUCGGUCACGCUGCACGAUAAAGUCCACAGUUUAGCAAAGGCCCUACUUCAGAUCGAACAGUGCGUCGAUUCCAAGUUUUUGAUCUAUCCGUUUGGACCUAAGAAGAACAUCAAGGACAAGGCCAACAUUACGAAGCAAACGUACAAGGGCCAGAAGAAUCUCGCCAGCUGGGAAGAAUCGCUGAUGCGGGCGACCAACUUUUCGCAAAUUUUCCUGCACUACAACGUGCUGUACGACGCAAUCCAGUGGUCGCGUUCGGCGGAAAAGAUCGCCUGUAUGAUUUGCCGUCGCAAGGGAGAUCCGUCCCAGACGCUGCUGUGCGACGACUGUAACCGAGCCUGCCACAUGUACUGCCUCAAGCCAAAGCUGAAACAGGUUCCCGAAGGAGACUGGUUCUGCCAACGUUGCCGUCCCGAGGAUUACACCAAAAAGAAGCAAACCAAGAAGCGAAAGGUGUUUGAGGAAGAAGAACCGGAGGAGGAGGAAGAAGUGCUGGACGAAACGAUCGCCGACGAUGACAACAGCGACGGCGAUGACGAUUCAGACGGUGAGGAAGAGAUCGUCUGCAAAAAGUGCAAAUCCGGAGGCGCCACCGCAAUUUGCCACACCUGCGGAACCGGCUACCACCCGGAGUGCACCAAAUCGCUGGAUCGCACACCAAAGAAACGAUGGAACUGCGACAAAUGCAGCAAGAGUUCAUCCAAGGCGGAAAAGAAAAAGAAAGCCAAGGAAAGUAGCAAAAAGUCAAAGAAGCGCACGGUUCCGGUUCGGUUAGCUGUGGCGCGCAUCGCAUUUGACAGCGACGAUGAGGACGUGGCAGACGAGCAGGAUGAGGAAGACAUGGAAGUGGCGGAGGAAGAGAUCGAUACUUCGAGGACCAACGGAAACUCUUCGCGAAGACGAAGCUCCAAACGGCAAGCCUCGGAGGAAGCCAGUGACGAUGAUGAGUCGCUCGCGUCGAAAGCCAAGCGCAGUCGUCGAUCAACCUCGAAACGGUCCACGCUAACGAACGGUCAUCAUGCCGAGGAAGAGCUGGAAACGUCCCGCAACAAGUCGUCCCGGCGUUCGACGGUCAACAAUGUGAGCGUAAGCGCAGAUGAGGUCGAACCGGCUCGCCGUGGAAGACGUACCGGCGAGGACAUGCCACUGAACAACAUUGCCCUGUACACGCUGCUCGAGGACGUGCUCAAGCACGAGGAUUCGUGGCCCUUCCGGAGACCUGUUUCGACAAAGGAGGUGCCAGAUUAUUACGACAUUAUCAAGAACCCGAUGGAUUUUGCAAAGAUCAAGUCUAAACUGAACAUGGGCGAGUACACGAUCAACGAGCAGAUGAUGAACGACGUACAGCUGGUGUUCCGCAACUGCGACCUGUACAACACGGACGAAACGGAGAUUUACACGGCCGGUAAAAGCCUGGAACAGUUUGUGCUGCAACGGACGGCCGAACUCGGACUGCCCUUUAAGCCCAGUGACAUGCUGAAGAACAGCGGCAAGAGCGGAAAAUCGUCGGCGACGACACCCGCCGUGAUGAACGGAAACUCACCCAAGGCAGCGACAUCCCAAGAGGGCAGUGCCAGCAAGCGGAGGUCGAUUCGCAAGUAAAUAGUAAGUAAGUAGCGAUGUCUAGAUGUUGAGCAAGUGGUUAAGUUAUUCAUCUCAAAAAAAAAAAAAUAAAAUUGCACAGACACAUUUUAAACAAAUACAAUUACGAACCAAUUUGCUGGCUGGAAAUUACUCACGAGUAUUCUUGUAUUAUGUUUGCGCUGGCAGAACAAGCGAUUGCAGUGCGCACGGCUCCUAGGAACAUAAGUUAAGCUGUUACAGAGCAGCAUUACUCAGUAAGGGAAGGUAGUGAAUGUAACAAGACAAACCCUUUUUUUAAAUAGCGAUAAAUAGGACUGGCAUAACAAAGAGGGGCGGUGCCCUCUUCGGUCAAGCUCGAAUCACAUCAUACGCGUGGGAUUGAACGGCGCUGAGCAGUAGGACACAUUUUUCCGUUACAUUUAUCUAUCUCAUUUUUAAUCAAAUACAGUUUAGACGCUACAAGCUG